GAAAUCGGGUAACACAGACGUUGUCUCUGAUGGGCGACUAUUUAUAAAAGGAGCCAGUAGACAACUUCCCUCAUUCACUACAUUUCUUUUUUUACUCAUGACCAUUGACAAUCGUACAGUCAAGCUCAACAGCGGCUAUAGCCUCCCUUUGGUAGGCUAUGGUACUUUUGGCGGUCCUGACGCGCCUGAGCAAGUUUACGCUGGUAGCAAGCUUGCUUUGGAGGCCGGUUAUCGUCAUUUUGACACAGCUUAUUUAUAUCGUACCGAAGAAGCUCUUGGUAAGGCUAUCCGUGAAAGCAGUGUUCCAAGAGAAGAGAUCUUUGUCACCACAAAGCUGUGGCAAACGUUCCAUGAGCCUCAACACGUCCGACCUGCAUGUGAACGCUCGCUAGAACUUCUGGGGCUGGACUAUAUUGAUCUUUACAUGCUCCACUGGCCCAUGGCGUGGAAAUUCGUAUCCUACGAAUUUGAUGAUCUUAAAAAGCCUGAUGAGAACGGUGAUAUUUCUCGAAUUGACGUUCCUAUCAUUGAAACGUGGCGUGCCAUGGAGGAGCUCGUAAAAGCUGGAUUAGUGAGAAGCAUUGGCAUUUCCAACUUCACUAUGCCCAUGCUCGAAGAAUUGCUAAAACAAUGUGAAAUCGAACCUGCCGUUCAUCAGUUGGAAAUCCAUCCAAGCUUGCCACAAGAAGAGAUGCUCAAAUUUUGCAACAAAUAUAACAUCGUUCUUACGGCUUAUUCGCCACUGGCAAAUCCUGGCUACAGCGGUAUGCCAUCCAUGUUAUCGGAUCCAAUUGUUCUACGCGUCGCUGAAAAGUAUGGCAAAACUCCUGUUCAAGUGUUGCUCAAUUGGGGUGUUGCACGCGGCUAUGCAGUCAUUCCAAAAUCUGUUACUCCUGAGCGUAUCAAGGCCAACUUUGAACAUUUCAACAUGGAUAAGGAAGACAUUGAGGCCAUAUUAGACAUCGGACGCACAAAUCAGUAUCGCAGCUGCUCCCCACUACGAGAUUUUGGUCCAUCCAAUAACAUUUUCGAUGAGCCCGUCGACUUGUAUAAGAAAUAAAUCAAAAAUUAUGCCCUGCUCGAUAGAGCAGGCUAUAUAUCAUUCUAUGUGCUACAUAGUAGUUUGACACAUA